AUGGCAGCCAACGAAAGAUAUGAAGAGAAAGUCCACGAGGCUGACGUUGAGGAGAAUGAAACUCGCUUGGGUUCUUCUCCAAAUGGAAUCGACAUUGAAGACCGCGUUGCCCAUAUUCAUGCAAAGACCGUCAUCCUUGUGUUUUCGGUAUACCUGGCUUACCUGGCCGGCGGAUACAACAUUGUCGUCGCCGGAGCAUACGGCCGCGACAUAGGUAUCGAGCUAGGGGGAGAAUCCCAGUCAACCUGGCUGGUUCAGAUUGUAACGAUCAUUAUUGCGGUCCUCAGUCCACCGAUCAGUGAGGCUGCAGACCUAUGGGGUCGGAAAUGGUUUCUUGUUACUUUAACAGCUUUAGGUGUCGUUGGAUGUGUGAUCACUGGCGCCGCUAGUUCCAUGGCCAUGGCCCUGGGAGGUCAGGUCCUCUCAGGGAUUGCUUGUUCGUCCCAACCGCUAGUGCAUGCCAUUCCAUCAGAAGUCAUCCCACGCCGAUACAGGGCGAUCGCCCAGGCAGGCGUGAAUAUAUCUAUCGCGCUCGCUGCUGUAAUCGUACUGCUUGCUGGUGGAGCACUUACACGAAAUGGUAAUCACGCCGGCUUCAGAGUCUUGUUCUAUAUCAAUGCAGGGCUAUUCGGUAUUGGGGCAGUGGCUGUUGCUGUGUUGUACAAUCCUCCUCUGAGGGAGUUGCAGACUGCGUAUACGCAACGACAGAAGCUGGCUAGGCUCGAUUGGAUCGGUAUCGCUCUCCUGUCCGGCGGGCUCACACUCUUCUGCAUGGCUCUGGUAUGGUCGCAAAAUCCAUACUCAUGGAAAGAUGUGCACAUUCUUGCACCGUUCGUGAUCGGAUGCGUCCUGCUCUUGGCUCUUGGUGCAUACGAGACAAAAGGAAGGAAAGACGGCAUGUUCCACCACGAGCUGUUCAAACGUGGCCGGAACUUCAGCCUGUCCAUUGUUUGCAUCUUCGUGGAAGGCUUGGUCUUCUUUGCUGUAAACAAUUACUUUGCGUUCGAGGUCAGCACACUUUAUGAGCACGACUCGCUUUAUGUCUCAUUGAGAUUCAGCAUUUGUUUCUUCACCUUCGCCGUCUCGACUGCUCUUACCGGUCUCUACUGUACCUGGACGAAGGCCGUACGUUUCCCAGUGCUUGUUGGAUUUGGCUUCUUUACCAUAUUCAUGGUAGUCAUGUCUACCGCCAAGGUUGGCAGUAGUGCCGCUGUAUGGGGCUACACGGUAUUUUUCGGUAGUGGGCUAGGUAUUCUUUUGAAUACUUUGAUGACUGCCGCUCAACUUGGGACCCCGCCUGACCUUAUUGCUUCGGCGUCGGGUCUGAUGAUCAGCACAAGAAGCGUGGGCGGUAGUAUCGCUCUGGCUAUCUACAACGCGAUAUUCACACACACGCUGUCGUCCAACCUUAAUUCAAGGGUGCCUGCCGCUGUUCUGCCUCUUGGACUACCACCGAGUUCUAUCGGCCUAUUCAUUGGAGCAAUGACUUCUGGUCAGACUGAUGGACUCACACAGAUCCCAGGAGUCACGAGCGAGGUUAUUGGAACAGGGGGAAAUGCAGUCCUUCAAUCGUUUGUUAUUGCAUUCCGAUACGUUUGGAUCACUGGUGCAAGCUUUUCUUUUGUGGCCAUGAUCGCAGCCUGGUUCCUCCUUGAUACCAAAAAGGAAUUCAAUACUCAUAUUGAUGCGCCUGCAGAGACGGAACAGGCCCUCUACGGAGAGAAAGUACAGCCCCGUGCUUGA